AUGAUGACUCGCGUUGUCAAGAUCAGUCACUGGACUGCCUUCGUCCUAAUGUGCUGUCAGACCGCUGCGUGUUGGGCUUGGAAAUUGUACGACAACGUCUUCGUGGUGGAGUCAACACAUUAUGAGAAAUUUGCCUAUAAUGACUUGGUAUUGGCGAGACUGAUAUCUGCCCGGAGAAUCCUCUGGUGGUUAUUUUCACUGGAAAUAUUGGCCUGGUUCGGCUAUUCGACUUUCAAACUCUAUCGGGGCCAGUAUCGCUCAGCACGUAAUGCUGGACUAUUCGCACUUUUCGGAUCUUUGAUAUUCUUUGCGUUGUCCUUUGCGUGGGUCAUUGUUUCUAUCAAAUGGGUGUUGAUUGAAGCGGAUGAGUCGUGGGCCCUAUCCUCUCAGCUUGCUUUAGUCAUCUUUGAGCUGAUUUUCACUACUGCUGCUUACCUGGGCAUCUUGUUGACCUGUAUAAAGCUGGCAGUGCUGGGAGAUGACCUAGAUGACAAGGCAUAUGCCCCUGCAAUUUGGACUGAAGAUGAAGCAGAUAAAACAGAUCGAAAUAUUCCCCAGGAUGUGUCUCGGCCCGUGUCACCGAUCGACGAGGAGUCUGGAUAUGCAUGCCCUGUUUAUGAGAAGAGCCCGAUGGAGUUAGAAUCAUCGCCAGUGACCUAUACAGCGGUGGGCUCAAAUACGUUUGCUGAAAUGGAGGGCUCAUCAAAUACGGUUGUUGAAAUGGAGGGCUCGUCACAGCGAGUUGUUGAAAUGGAAGGCUCAACACAUCAAGUCGUUGAGGCUGAUGCGGGAGUUUAUGACUUUCCUAAGGCAGAAAAGGCAUAA